AUGCCCGAGAGGACAGUGACACAUAGACUCUUAUUGAAGAAUGCGCCGUGGACAAUGAUAUCGGCCAGGGUGGAGGACAACCUACGACCACUGCCCUGGACAGUCGACGUGCAGACGCAGACCGACCAACUGAUGGAAGCGAAACGUUGGUGGACAAAGGAUUUAACACGCCUUCGGCGGACUUACAAAUUCUGGCGAAACCAAGCCAGGAUACAACGGCGCGCAGGCCGGUGGAGGCCGGACCUCGAAACUCGAGCCAAAGUUGCAUCCAAGGAAUACCACGAUUGGAUUCGGAAGCAGAAGAAAGCCCACUGGGACGAAUUUCUAGCAGAAGAUGCUAACAUCUGGAAGGCAGCCAGCUACCUUCAGCCGAGCAAGGGGGCCAUGGACGACAAGGUGCCACCGUUGAAGAAGAAAGACGGGUCGAUGACCAAAGACAGCAUGGAACAGGCAAAGGAGCUGCUUGGGACAUUUCCCCCGCCCCUCCCGGAAUGGAUUGAAACAGAAGACCGACGAUCGCGGCGCGCGGCCUUGUCAAUGCCGGACCUCACGCUGGUAGAAAUCGAGAAGGUACUGGCGGCGAAACCUUGGAAGGCUCCAGGUGAGGAUGGUUUGCCGGCCAUGGUGUGGAGGCGCCUGUGGCCAGUAGUGAAGCAUCGAGUUUGGACUCUUUUCGACCGCUCGCUCCGAGAUGGCGUUGUACCGCACCAGUGGAAAAGUGCCAGGAUUAUCCCCCUCAAGAAGCCGGACAAAGGAGACUACACAGUAGCUAAAGCCUGGCGACCAAUAUCACUCCUGUCAACAUUAGGCAAAAUAAUGGAAGCAGUUGUGGCGGAACGGAUCUCAUACGCGGUUGAGACCAGCGGGCUCCUGCCCGCGAACCACUUCGGAGCGAGGAAGAGACGAUCAGCUGAACAAGCGCUCUUGCUGCUUCAGGAACAUAUAUACAAAGCAUGGUGGGCUGGCAAGGUGCUUAGUCUGAUAAGCUUUGACGUGAAAGGAGCUUACAACGGAGUGUGCAAAGAGCGUCUGUUGCAAAGGAUGAUAGCAAGAGGCAUACCAGGCGGUCAGGUCCGAUGGACGGACGCCUUCUGUUCCGGCAAAACUGCUUGCGUGGUAGUAAAUGGACACACGUCAGAACGAAGAGAGCUGUCUCGGUCCGGUCUUCCUCAGGGAUCACCACUUUCGCCGAUCUUGUUCCUGUUCUUCAACGCAGAUUUAGUGCAAAGAAAGAUCAACGCUAAUGGUGGCUCGAUCGCCUUUGUGGACGACUAUACAGCUUGGGUGACCGGGCCAACGGCAGAUGACAACCGGGCUGACAUUCAAUCCAUCAUUGACGAUGCCCUCAAGUGGGAGGCACGCAGCGGCGCAACGUUUGAGGCAGAUAAAUCCGCAGUUAUUCAUUUCACAAGGACUGCUGCUCGUUCCAGUGACAAGCCAAUCUGA